GAUAAGCGGAGCUUUGUUGACGUAUGGAAACCUCUGAUCUGGAAGGGAGGAAAUUACAAUAUUUCUCGUCAAGAGGCGAAACAAAUGACACAAAAAUGGUGAAUGCUGUAACAAGUUUCAUAGAUUCCCUGAUGGAAUUGCUGAGCUUAACAUCACAGAUGAUGUCUUUGGGAGUACGCGUUUGGUCUUUAGGGAUCACGCUCAUUCUUCAGCUAUUAGUACUUCUUGUUGCUCUACUCUGCAUAUGCUGGGGUCUUCUGAAAUGUUGUUUGUACACCCUGCGGCGAGGGGAACCAGGCUACCUGCAUGUUGCAUUCUUUCACCCCUAUUGCAAUGCUGGAGGAGGGGGUGAGAGGGUGCUGUGGUGUGCCAUAAGGUCAAUACAGAGGAAGUACCAGCAUGUGAAAUGUUAUGUCUAUACAGGAGACACAGAUGUAACUCCACAAGAAAUCUUACAGAAAGCACAGCAGAGAUUUGGUGUAAUCCUGCCACGACCAGUGGAAUUUAUCUUCCUCCAAAGUCGGAUGGUUGUGGAAGCAAGACACUAUCCAUUUCUGACUCUUCUGAUGCAGAGUGUUGGGUCAAUGAUGCUUGGUGGUGAAGCCCUGUUGAAAUUCAGGCCAGAUGUGUAUUUUGACACCAUGGGUUAUGCUUUUACAUAUCCCCUCUUUCGUUAUGUUGGUGGCUGUGUUGUUGCCUCUUACACGCAUUACCCAACAAUCAGCACAGACAUGUUUGGCCAGGUUGCAAACAGGGUUGAAGCUCACAAUAACAGAGGGUUCAUUGCAAGGAACACAGUAUUCAGUGCCAUGAAGCUGGGAUAUUAUCAUCUCUUUGCCCUGAUGUAUGCACUAGGUGGCCGUUGUGCUCACCUUGUGAUGGUCAACUCCACGUGGACGCACGGUCAUAUCACGGCUCUCUGGGGCCAGGCCCAUCAUACACACAUCAUAUACCCACCAUGUGAUACAGAACAAUUCAAAAGUUUGUCACUGAUUCCUGAUGCCAGCAAGAAGCUGAAAACCAUUGUUUCUAUUGGCCAGUUUCGACCUGAGAAAAAUCAUCCACUUCAACUCCAAUCCCUCCAGAAGCUUUGUGAAAUUUUAGAUCCAGCAGAUCGGGAGAAAGUACGUCUUGUUCUAAUAGGUGGAUGUAGGAAUAACGAGGAUCAGCAGCGAGUGGAAGACCUAAAGACCCUUGCUUUAGAUCUGGGAGUUGCAGACAAAAUAGUUUGGAAGCUGAAUGCACCCUUUUCAGAGCUCCUAGAGACUGUACAGACAGGGACCAUAGGCCUGCACACCAUGUGGAAUGAGCACUUUGGGAUUUGUGUAGUUGAGUGCAUGGCAGGCGGGUUGAUCAUGGUAGCACAUGAUUCUGGUGGACCAAAAAUGGAUAUUCUAAUGGACUAUGAAGGCCAGAAGACAGGCUAUACUGCAUCAGAUGCUGAGAUGUAUGGGCAAGUGAUGAAAGACAUUUUAGAAGCUAGUGAUGCAGAAAGGGAAGCUGUACGCACUGCAGCUAGAAGUUCAGUUGACAGAUUUAGUGAUGAGCAGUUUGAAACAUCUUUCAUUAGUGCCAGUGAAUUUAUUUUCUCAUCAACUGAUGUACGUCAAUAAGAGGUUUUUGUGUAUUGUAGCUUUUGUAUGUGUAAUUUAUAUGUUGCAAAUUUCAGUUCAGUUGGAUUUUUAGAUUUGUCAAGGAUUUGUCAGGCUGCACCAUAUUUAUUUUUAAAAUUUGAAUAUCAGAAUGUGUGAACUUGUGUUUGGUAUUCUUUU